GGACUCGGCCUCAGUCUACGUCCGUGGGAAAUUGCAUCCCAUAUUUUGAUUUGCAGUAGAUUCACCUUGAUAAACUCAGAAUCUUUCCCUUCAAAUCGGGCAGAUGUAUGGAUACCAAGAAAACCAUCUUCCCCCAAACAGUGAUGGCGAGUGCGAAGUUGAUGAUUCCGAAGAGGAAUGGCAAAAAUGGCGAGUAAGACCCGUGUCUUUGACAGGCGCGCAAUUACCGCCGCUCAAGAGACAAAAACUAGACUCCUUCCUUUCAACUUCGCUCAACGAAACUUCAAACGACCCUAGCACUGACAAACUCGGCACGAGCAAGCAUAACAGAGUGAUUGUGCACAUAGACAUUGACUGCUUCUAUGCACAGGUUGAAAUGAUAAGAAACCCGUGUCUCAGAGAUCGGCCUGUGGGUGUCUCGCAAAAACACAUUCUCGUUACUUGUAAUUACGUGGCACGGGCCAUGGGACUUAAAAAGCUUAUAUCCUUAGCAGAAGCUAAAAAGAAAUGCCCCGAUCUAGUCAUUAUAAACGGAGAGGACUUGACGAAGUAUAGAGAAUUCUCAAGUAGGGUGACAAAGUUGUUGAGACGGUUUGCACUGCGGGUGGAAAGACUUGGUCUAGACGAGAAUUAUGUUGAUGUCAGUGAAUUGGUGCAAGAGAGAAUGAAGCAUGCGCCCCGUGGAUCUUAUAUAGCUGUUGGUUGUAUCUAUGGUGACAACAUUUUGAAAGGAAGCUCUAAUGAGGUUUGUCCCUGUGGGUGCCAUGAGAGACUGACUGUUGGAUCAGUGAUUGCUUCUGAGCUGCGGAAAGCAAUUUUCGAUGAGAUAGGUUUGACUACCUGCGCAGGCAUUGCUCACAACAAAUUGCUGGCAAAGAUAGCGGGGGAGCAGAACAAGCCAAAUAAACAGACCCUACUGUACACAGAGAGAGUGGAAGGACUGAUGGGACUCCUGCCAGUCAGGAAAGUACCAGGUAUUGGACGCAGUACGUGUGCCCGGCUAGGCAGCCUUGGGAUCACAACUAUUGCAGAGCUUCAAGAAUGCUCCAAGAAGGCCCUCCUGAAUGAAUUUAACUCCCAGGAAGUUAGAAUCCUACAUGCACUAAGCCACGGGGCGGAUGACUCCCAGGUCAGCACAGAUUCCAUGCCGAAAUCUAUCAGCGAGGAAGACUCCUACAGCAACUUGUGCUCACUAGAGUCUGUGAAAACAAACCUAAGGGUUCUUAUUGGUAAUCUUAUCCCAAGAAUUACGGAAGAUACAGGACAUCCUCAGACGGUGCGACUGGCAAUAAGGCGAGGUGGGCAAGCGCCCGGAGUCUACAAGAAGGAAAGCAGACAGUGUCCUGUCCCGGAUAGGUUUGCAAUGAAUACGCCGAACUCUUCUGAAAAGAUAAAUGUGCUCUUUGGAACUGUAUUUGGAUUGUUUCAUAAGCUGGUUGAUGUCAGUAAAUCCUUCCAAGUAAGAGUUCUUAAUGUGUGUUUGUCAAAUUUUCAAAGACGUCCUGAGCGAAAGACGAUUACAAAUUUUUUCCAGGGAGAGAAGGGAAAUGCUCUUGGCCAGAAUUAUUUCACUAGCUUAGAAGAUGCUUCUAAACCCGACAGUGACAAUAAGCCCAAGUCUUGUGACAUUCAUCUUACAUCUGAAACGAACCAUAGCGAAUCAUCAUCCGGCCUCCACUUGCUGCCACCAACAGCGACAAACUCAAACAUUUCACACAAUUCCAAGAAACCCGAAUUUUCUAACAAAUCAUCAGUAGAUGUAUUCAGAUCCUCUGAAUUGUCAGGCAAAACAACAAAGUCCAUUGGAACGACUGACAUUAUCUCACACUCAAAGUUUGUCAACAAUUCCAAGAAAAGUUCAGUUUUCGAAGACUCCGCAUCAUCGUCUAUUGUGUCGAAGAGAUCAAGUAGAACAGGUCAGGCUGGGUCGGCAUCUUUUUGUGAUUCUCAAUACUUAUCAAGGAGUAAUGUUAAAUCUGAUGCGAGCGACCGACACUCAGUUUUGUCUAAGACAACGACACUUCUAGCAAGUGACUUUGUGAGCCAUCAAAACCUUAGUUCUAGAAAACCAGUUCUAGAAUGUGGCUUUGUGAUUCCUAAAGGAGUGAAAGAUCAUAAUUUAAGUUAUACUAAGAAAAAUUCCGUUCUAGAAAUUAACGCAUUGAUCCAUCAAGGUACGAGAGACGAGAAUUCAAGUUCUAAGAAAACUUCGGCCUUUGGGAAAGACUCAAUGAUCCCUGAAGGUGCGAGAAACCAGGAUUCAAGUAGUUCUAAUCAGUCUUCUGUUCUAAGAUGUGACCUAGUGAUUCCUGAAGGUGUGGACAGUAGUGUAUUUGAAUGUCUUCCUCAUGAUGUCCAAAUGGAGUUUUACGAGCAAUGGAAGAGGGACGCCCAAUAUCAGGCCAGCAGGACGGACAAGAAGCCACAGGGGCUCCGCAAGACCGAUAAGAAGCCACAGGGGCUCCGCAAGACCGAUAAGAAGCCAAAGGGGCUCCUCAGGUAUUUCUUGAAGAGUUAACAAUCCUAGGAUGUAUGGAAGUGAGUAGAGUAGAGAGAAUAGUUUAGUUCAUGUUAAAUGGAUAGACUUUGGGGGGUGGGCAGGGGCAUCCCUUCGCCGUUUUCAACUUGAAGCCCAAUUCCCGAAUUAUGAUACGUGGGCGGUACGUAAACUUAUGGACCCGAAUAUUUUUCUAUCCAUUUUCGUAUAUUGCCUGAGAGCGAGAAAAAUCUAAUCUUACAAUGUUGCUUUGUUUCUGAGGGACCGUACAGGAUGUGUUUCCCACUGAUCAACCAAUGUAGCACCGUGGCUGUGAUUUCAGACUAUAAAAUUGUAAUUGUAUAAUUCAAGUAUACUAUAAAGAACAAAAAUAAAAAGGCGUGUUAAUUUUUAUAAUUCAUUCAUGAGUUUUAAACAUUUCAAAAGAGAUCACAACAACACAAGCUUCUGAUAACUGUUUUUGGGGUUCUUAGAAGUUUUUUUUCCUUUUUGAUGACCGAGCAUGUUUGCUGAAUGAUGUUUUGCUUUCAUAAAAAGUAAGGUAUACAUAUAUAUAUUUUCUGUAAGCUGCUUUUAAUUAUUUUUCAUGGGAAUGAAUGCAUCAAGAUUAGACUAAAGGUUAUGGGGUCGAAAUAAUUUUUCUCAACUGGGAAAAAAUUAUAAUGGAUUGGGGAGGGCAAUGUUUUGUUAAAAAAAAACCCUUCGUUAUAAGAUAUGGCUGUCGAACACUACUAUGUAAGCCUUGAACCCGAAAAAUCUUAUUGGGAUGUGAAAGAAGAUACUAAAAGCUUUAAAUUUAGGUGCCUGAGUCUUUGUUUAAAGUAAAAGGAAAAGAUUUCAACCGUGAAAAGUCUGUUAUAAAACACUAGCAACCGGGCGCGUUGGUUAAAUGGACGUUUGCCGUAAAAUAAAUUUCAAAUAAUUUAAUGUGUCAUUAAUUUUUUAAUAUUCACAUUUACAGAAUUGGUCUCUGUUAAAUUUAGUGUGCCAAGUUUAAAUCUGAUUUGAUCUAACAGAGGAAAUACAGGAAACAGGCAAAUUUUUGUUGUACGAAUAGUUUUGACAAUCUCUGCGGCAAACAGAACGAACGAAAGCUUUCUGACGACAAUCACACUUCUCCAUGCCAGAUUCAAGAGAGUCGAUAUUUAUUAACCGAUACUUCAUCGAAAGUCAUCGUCUUUCAGUUUCCCAUUCAGAGUUGAAAACAACACUCCGAAUGCUUUCGCCUUUUACAAGUUCACCUUCCUUAAGGGCAAUGAGUUCACCUUAGAAGACUAAAUUAAUAUUCGUCUAUUUUCACAGUGUUUUAUAGUACUAUAACUGGUACAAGCUUUGGCUUUGUUGUAGCAUGUUCGACGAAUGAAGGAAAUUGGAAAAUUAUUUUUCUGUACGCGCGCGUUCCCGCUUUGGUGCUAUUCAAUUUUCGGCCAAUCAGAGAGCGAGGCACCGACAUUCGAAAAUCCACAGGAAUCCCAUCGUGACCACAGGAACUUUAUCGUAUAGCUAUACCACUUUUCUUUGGCUAUGGUGCUCCGCUAAAAGAUACAAUCGAAAUAAUGGAACUGGAUGAACGGAGGAAAGCAAAUAGUAAGAAAAGUAGAUAACCAAAUUAAACCCUUUCCCAAGAACAUAACUCCCUUAAAUGAUACAAAAAAUUCAAAAAUGAUCGAUUUUUUAUAAUAUUCUUUGACCAAGGAGUAGGGCUACUAAAUUCCAGUAACCUGAACCCUUGACAAAAAUGUUGUCACCAAUGUCGGUUUUUCAACAUGAACCCCAUACUAGCAAUGCUGUCAACGUUUCGCGCAGCUAACUGCAGACAGACAAUGCAACAAACGACUUCGCAGCACAACAGCGAUUUUUACUGCUUUUGAAACAAUACCAGCGCUGUUUGUACAGGGCUUCGUGGUUGUGUCAUGGAAAAGCAGGGACUGGGCUCUAGACAUAGUAGCACGUGCUUGAUUACGUCCUUUCCCCUCUUGGGCACAAAAUGAGGACUUGAAGUGUUUUCUUCGUCGUUUUCGCCUUUUAAUGACCUCGUACGUCACGUAAAGUGCCGUGAAUCUUAUCUAAGAUAUCCCGAGUAUUAGCGGCAUCUUCUCUCAAGAACUCAUUAAUGCUGCUUUCAAGAAGCUAUACAUAUAAGCCUUGUUUUGAAUGCACAGUCAUGAGAAAAUUGGCCCCACGCCGUCUGUUAUUGUUGGUGUAAAAGCCCAUUUGAUCUAAAGGGACUCGCUUCUGAAGUGUAUGCUGCUUAAAUGUAUCGUUAAAUGUCUUUGCAUUUUUCCGCGAUCGAUACAAGUCACUUAGAAACACAAAACCAGCCAAGUCUCUCUUAAUACUACUUUUCUUGAUGAAGUAGAAAAUGGUUAUCGUCUUCUAAAUAACAAAUUAGAAAUGUUUUAGGGAUAUUACGAGAUUUGGAUCAUUCUUAGACCUAAAACUAGUUAAAAUGAUAAUAAAAAUUUAAUAAAACGUUGCAGGCUAUCUCUUAUUACGAUAGUGAUAAAGAUAUGUUGUUUCUAGGUGAAGAUCAUAAAAUUUGCGAAUUGAAGUCUUAUCUUUUCGGUAGCCUAAGGCGAAAAUGACCACUUCUAUGAUACUGAGCUCGG